UACUACUCCAUACAACCCCGGCGCAUUGCUUCCCAGCUCUCUGGACUCCGGAUUCUGUAGGCUGAGAUAUUCAAAUCUAGCUGGUGGCGUAAAUAGGUUUGUCCGUCCCUCCUAUCAGUGGUCGUAUUUAUUGCCCUCGUCGCCUGCUCCUCCAUCUCGGCUCAAUCUCGCUUUGUCCAAACAUAAUCGCGCCGUCUGGGCAGUCGUUGCUUUUUGCUAGCCUACGACCCCCACUACCAGUCAUCUUGCUCGAGAUCAGUCUGUUGAGAAUAUCCUGAUGCUGGGGUUGCAUCUCCCUGAGCCAGUCCUGGCACAGAUAGAGUCCCUGCAUAUCUCGAUUUCUUGAUUGGGCCUGCAGACUCAUUCUUUGCUGACCCCGGGCCAGGAAAGGAAAACGACUGGCAACAAGGAAGCGCAGGAAAAAGAAACGAAAAGGGAGCUAAAUAAACCAGCACGGGAUCAGCAUUUGUUUUUUUUUUUCGCCUCGGAUUUUUUUUAGAACCCCAGUUCGAGUUCUCCUUAUCGUCGUGAGAUCAUACCACGUCCUCCUCCUGCAUAACUACUGCGACCAAUCGCCCAUGCAACGACUGCUACGAAUUGCUAAAAUUUUGAUUGUUCUUAAUUGUCUACAUUGAUAAUAACUUGGGAUUCUUUGAGCCGCCUCCAUUAAUCCGUCAGUACCUACAAGGACGAAAAAUAGGGGGGGAAUAACCCGUCAAUACGGAACUAGAGCAUGUUAGCGUCUGCUGAAGAAAGUGAUCGCAUCCAAAUUCUCCUGAGCCCUGCGAUUUCGUGACUGCGCUUCACAGACGCAUGCCCUGUAACCUACUGUCGUUCGCAGCAUUUAUGCAAAUCCUGCAGCCAUGAAAGACACAAUGGGCUCUCAGCAUCGAGCAGACUCCCAGGCAGACCUUGCCCACCGCCGAAAAAGUCUGCCCGCUCGGUCUGCCAAUGCCUCUGCCCACAAGCACAUCCCACCAGCCUCUCCUGAAGUGAUCUCGUCCCUGAUCUCGUCCCUCUCCGCCAUUUCAACGCCAGCCCAGUCUCACUUCGAUAAUUUUCCCGAAAUCGGCCCUCGCACCGCUCCCUCGUCCCCUGGUUUCCGGCAGACGGAGUUUCCCCGCGAUGGCUGGGAUGCAAAUGUGCCUACCACCCCAGGUUUUGGAAUGGAUUAUGGCGCCUACAACAAGCCUGUAGUCGACGAGGAGGAAAAUUCGUUUUUACACCCAGACGAUGCGGCGAUCUCCCCCGUCGUACGAAUGGCAAAGGCUCCCGCAUCCCCCCGUUCACCGCGGUCUCCUUGCUCCCCACGCAGUCCUCCUGGCGAUACCUCACUGAUGCGAUCAGGCUCUAGAGCCUCGAUGGCUUCCUCAAUUACCGGCCCAGAGGAUGGGUUAGGUUUUGGCGUGCCCAGUUUGGAACCAGGCCCUCGAAUGUCUACCGCAAGUAUCGCCUCUUCCAGCAGUGGCGGUCGAAGAAGUUUGAAGCAUCAGCUUAAUAUCCUGAAGAGGGCCUCGAGGGAGUUUCCCAAGGAUAAGGACAGUGAUCGAUUUCAUAAGGGUGGAGAUGGGAGAUUGAACAGCUCGCGUAGCCGGCUAAGCUUGCGUUCUACCCCUUCAAUGGCUGAUUUGGCGGAAGAAGUGAGUCUGAACAACGGUGUUUUCCAGUUGCUCGAGAAACAAUUAAAUGAGGACAAUCGUCGCGAGUCUGCUCCAACCCUUGGUACACAGAGGUCAAUUCCUGACACAGGCAAUGGUAGUCCUGGUGGAAUUGGAAGCGGCAGAGUCAUUCCCACUCGCGAAUCCUCUUUGCGCCACAGCUACCAUGGGAAUUCAAAUAAAAAACGUCGCUCAGGUCGCCAUAGCGUGUAUUCGAAUCGGGAUUUUACUAUUGAUCGUGAUAUCGCGGAGGUAAAUGCGGAAGACGAUCAAGUUUCGAAACGGAUACAAGAGCUCAAGGAGCAGCAGAAGAAGAUUAAGGACGAAUUGCAGACGGACGGAACGCCAGAAGGCAAUCCGCAGUCCCGGACACCCAGGCCGAGCCCCAAACAGCCAGCAACUCAGCAGACGACGGUAACAAAAGAAACAGUUUUGGUCCGACAAUCUGUUCAUACAGUGUCCGACCAGCCACUAAAAGAAGUUGAUGAGACGCAACAUGAAAGUGCACCCUCACCCGCUAUUCUCACACGGAAAUCACACGUAACCCAAAAACGCAACAGCGGACCUCUCUCCUUGAAAACUACGAAUAUCCAGCCUGCAUCAGGGAAGCAAUCAUUCGAAAAGCCCGAUCGCAAUGAAUCAGGCGUGCUACGGCGAAAGUCGACGCAGAACAGUAAUUCAGAAUCAAACCACCGACGGACAUUGUCAGGCGCAGUAUCGCCCGGUCCUCGUUUGUCUCUAGGGCAGGAAGACCGGCCGUCCAGUUCGGAUUCCAUUGACGAUGCUGUUCACGACUAUCUAUCAUCUCGGAGACUGACUCAGAAGGUCAGACAUCCACAUACGGGACGAGUAAUUGCGUUCUCAGAAGUUGGUGACCCGAAAGGCCAUGUGGUAUUCUGCUGCGUGGGCAUGGGUUUAACGAGAUAUUUAACUGCCUUUUACGACGAGCUGGCUCGGACGCUGAAACUAAGGUUAAUCACGCCAGAUCGACCUGGUGUUGGGGAGAGUGAGCCCUGUGUUGAUGGAUCGGGGACGCCACUUAGCUGGCCAGAUGACGUCGCCAUUAUUUGCAAUUUCCUUAAAAUCACAAAAUUCUCUAUGAUGGCCCAUUCCGCUGGGGCGAUAUAUGCUCUUGCGACCGCGUUGCGAAUGCCGCAACAUAUCCGAGGACGGCUACAUCUACUUGCUCCAUGGAUACCUCCAUCUCAGAUGACCAGCAUGGGUUCUCACAAAGAACCCCUUCCAGCCAGCGCCGUUCCAUACUCCCAGAGAAUCCUUCGUGCCUUACCCACCCCCUUCCUCAAAGUCGCCAAUUCCAGUUUCAUGACAACAACCAGCGCGAGCAUCACCAGCAGCCUGCCCAAAAACUCAAGGCGGACCAAACGCCGCAGCACAACCAUAGCCGGCACCAGCGAUGCCGGCUUCAAUAAUUUCAUUUCACAACAACGCCGGAGUUCCGUAUCCAUGCCUCGCGGCCCAACCAAACGUGAUUCCCAAGAAGUUGUCUCCCGCGUGACCGCGAACCCAUCAGAUCCUAAGGCAGAGUCCGCCAUCAUCGCCGCAGCGGCCGCCAUCGACAAGGAGCGCCAGUCAGAUUACGACAACCGCCUCACCCACGCCAUCUGGGAACUAGCCACCACCAACGCGAACCCAGCCGUCGAUCUGCUCGUCUGCCUCGAACGGCGCCAGACAAUAGGAUUCCGCUACGUCGACAUCAACCGCGCCGUAGUUAUUCACCACGGUACAAGGGACACGCGGGUCCCCGUUGACAACGUGCGGUGGCUGGGCAAGACGAUGCGGCGGUGUGAGGUGCGGGUGCUCGAAGGAGAGGGCCAUGGGCUUAUGGCUUCCGCGCUUGUUAUGGGGAAUGUGAUGAUGGAGGUUGCGAAGGAGUGGGAGGAUUGGACGACUGUUGUCCAGGGGAGGAGGGAGGGGGGUCGACGGGGAACAGUGACUAACAGACACUGAAAAAAGAAACAAAUUUAUUACUAUUUUCUUUGAGUGCUUGCUUCGCUUUUUUUAUGCAAACACUUUCCCUCCUAUCACCGCCGCCGCCGCCACCGACUUACCUUUCUAUGCCUCUAUCUAAUUUACUUUACUUUGCUCCAAAGGCAUUUGAUCUGACCAAUCCCCGAUAUUUUGACAUUUUGAUCCCCUCGUAAUCUCUUUUCUUGCCGCCGGCUACCCAAUCUCCACCCACGAUUUGCCGUGUUCCCCGCCUUUCCAAGAGAAGGGGGUAACGUGGGAAAAAGGGCAAUAAGGGAAAGAAACUAAUGAAGUGUGAAUUUUUUGCCUGAAACUUGUUCUGGAUUUUUUGUUUUCUAACACCCUCUCAUCUCGUAAUAUUUAUAUCUUCCACCCCUCUCCCCCAAACGUAUACUCAAUUUCCAUCCCUUUUUGCGUUAUACCUCAAUUUUUUAAUAUCUAAAUUUUCUUUAAAAAGAUCCCCAUUUCUUACACCUUCUAAAGACCUGUCUAUCUUAUAUUUUUUUUUUUUUAUGUGCCAUACCCCUCCGACUAAUAUCGAUCUACCCCCUACCUAGCCUUUUCGCGAUUACGUUGAACGCUCUCCUCACAUUUUCGAUUGAUAAUCCGUCUCUAGUUCUCCCUUUCAUGUCUUUCUCCUGUUUCCUUUUUCCUUUUUCCGAUUAUUUUUCUGGCAUCUUCUUUCAAUUUCGUAUCUCAUCAUGUCUCUCCACGCAUUAUUCCUGAUGUCGUGUUAUCUUUUUUUUUUUUUUUUUAUGUUUUCUAUCUCUAUUUCCUUUGUCUCUCUCUCUCUCUUUUUUAUUUUUAUUUUCGUUAAUACCCCCUUUUACAUUUUGCCUUUGUUUUAAAAUCUUCGUGGCAUUUUUCAUUUCUCCUCAGACUAGCUACCCCCCAUUUUUUCUGUAUUUUUUCUGUAUUUUUUCUUUUUUUUCUUUUUUUUUCUUUUUUUUUCGGCUUUUCUUGUGAAUUAUUGUAUUAGUUUUUAUUGCUCUUGUAAAAGAAAAAGAAAAAAAGGAGGAAAGGAAAGAAAGGGGAAAGAAGGCUGGUCCUGGCUGGAGAUAAAAAGGAGAGAAAAAGGUCCCUUAAUUUAUUAUAUUCCUCUUAUGGCACCAUUAUUUUUUUUAUAUGUACAUACAUACAUCAUGGCACUUGGCGACACAAAUAAAUGUAGACAUCCAUCUCACGACAACGCCAUGUACGUGACUGACCCCUCACGUCUCCCCCCUCUUGUACAUGUACCAACCUCAGAAACCGUUCAACAAACAAACCUCUUUCUUCCCCGCGCUCUUCAAUAUGUCGCGUUAUAGUUCGUUGAUACCAAAAGUUACUUACUCC